AUGAUAGACCUUAAGGAUUCGCUACCUGCUGUUGUUGGGAACCCCCUCACAACCCAGCCUUUCCACUACAGUCUACUCCAAGAUGCACAUAUUCGGCUCGUACAUCUCGAUGUAGGGACAAGGAACGAUGCUCUGUCCAUCCAAGUCCAAGAAAACGUGAAAUUGGAGACGGUGUCCCCGUACGAAGCGCUGUCAUACACCUGGGGAGACUCCAAAAAGGAAUGCAGCAUCUCCUGCGGCUCGGAAAGCAUUGCCAUCACCGCAAAUUUGGCUGCAGCCUUACUUCAGCUACGAAAUCCUGCUAAAACUCGCGCAUUGUGGAUUGACCAGAUUUGCAUCAACCAGGACGAUGUCGACGAGCGCAACAAGCAAGUGGCUUUGAUGCGCAAGAUCUACUCAAAAGCGGAAAAUGUCGUCAUUUGGCUUGGAGAAGAGGGACCUGAUGAUGAAAUGGCAUUCCGCUUCGUACCAGUCUUGUUGUCACAUCUACCACCUUUGUCUGCGAGCUAUGGAGGAGUCGCGCGGCAAGGUCUUGUCGCCAGGCAGGCACUUCCGAUUCUUGGGUCUCCCGCUUGGAUUGCUCUUUCUAGGAUUUUCAGUCGCCCAUACUUCCGCCGGUCCUGGAUCGUACAGGAAGUUGCACUUGCUCGUCAUGCAGUGGUCCAUUGCGGCCCACAUGUGAUAGAUUGGGAUCUUCUUGCUGCCGCUAGUAGUUAUCAAAUGGGUCAGUUGCCCUCGGACGCCGAAAACGCUCAUGAUGCUGUUGCUGCAAUUAUGGAAUUCCAUCGCAAUGAUCACGGCCAGGGUAAUAAUAUCGUGGAUGCGCUGUUCAUGUCUUAUCGUUUCAACUGCACUGACCCUAGAGAUAAAGUCUUCGCCAUGCUUGGAUUAGCCAAGGCACUGGUCUUGCAGCCUGCUUACUCCGCGAAGGUUGAAGAUGUCUACCUGCACACGACCCAAUUCUUGAUCCUUGAGUUUGGAAACCUUGAUAUUCUAUGCUGCGUUUCUCAUCCCAAAAACAUAGCUACGUUGCCCUCUUGGGUACCUGACUGGCAAGCCCAAGUGGCCGUAAAGAGUAAACUUGGCAAGUCCACAGUGAGAGCACCCGACGCACCUCGUCAACAGGUGAGGUAUUCGGACGAUUAUCGAACUCUAACGGUAGAAGGUUGGUGCGUAGCUUCUAUCGCAACCGUGGCUAAUGUCUUCGCGCGCCACGAAUCUGGCCUCCUCGUCGGAUGGGACGAAUUUGUAGAGGAAACGAUUCCUCCAGACGGCAGGUGUUCCACAGAGCUUUACAGGCGGACUCUUCUCGCAGGCGAGCGCCUUCCAGGGAUCACUUCGGAUGAAGAGCUUCAUUCUGCAUACGAGGCGUGGCAGAACCUGCUCACUCGACGCCUUGGAGGAUACAAGCCACUCACGAACCUCCCAGACGAAAACGAAAAAGGCAGUGAGUUUGACCGUACCAUGACGGAGACUUGCACUGGCAGAAGACUGUUCGCUACCGCUCAGCACAACCUUGGUUUGGCACCUAGCGAGGCGAGGGCGGGGGACGCGGUGUGCUUUUUAGGGAAUAGCUCUACGCCCUUUGUUCUGAGACCCAGGGGAAGCUACUUUGAGUUUGUUGGGGAAAGCUAUGUGAAUGGGUUCGUGGAGGAAGGUCAUCCUCUAUCGCAAUUGACGAGGAAGGAGAAUAAACGAGAGUUUGCUAUCCGGUGA